UUGGAAACAUAUCAAACAAAACCAGAAUCAAACCAGAAGUCAAAAGUAGCGACAUGGACCGGAUUUUUUUUAAUGAAAUGAAGUAAAAAAUCAAAAAAAAUACUCAUCCCCUAUGUUUUAUACCCACAACAAAAUACAAACAAACCGCAAAAAUGUCGAAACCAGACGAUAAAGCCGCCCCCAAGCCCAAACGGGUAAUGCCUGGAUACAUGAACUUCAUCAUCGGUGGAUCUUCAGGAAUGUUGGCAAUUUGCUGCGUCCAGCCCGCUGACUUGCUAAAGACUCGCAUGCAGCUCUUGGGUCCGGCUGGCAGGAAUCUGUCUGUGUUCACCGUAGCCGGCCAGAUCUUAAAGAACGAAGGAUUCUUUGGUUUCUACGUGGGCCUUUCCGCCGCUCUGUUCAGACAGGCCACCUACACAACUGGAAGGCUUGGCGUCUUCAACGGCCUGUUUGAUAUACAUAAAGGCAAAUGGGGGCAGCCUUCAUUUCCAACGAAAAUAGUAAUAGGAAUGAUUGCGGGAGGUAUCGGUGCGUUCAUCGGCACCCCGGCCGAGGUAGCGCUCAUCCGAAUGACAGCUGACGGGAGGCUACCGCCCGAGAAAAAGAGGAACUACAAAAAUGUGUUCAACGCCCUCGCCAGGAUAACGCGAGAGGAAGGACUCUUCACGCUGUGGAAGGGCGGAGGCGCCACCGUCAGCAGGGCUAUGGUUGUGAAUGGCGCGCAGCUUGGCUCCUAUGCACAGGCCCGAGAAAUGUUGUUGCCGUUUAUGUACGAUGGCUUGCCGCUCCACACCGCAGCCGCCAUGAUCUCAGGGUUUGUGACGUCCGUGGCGUCACUCCCUGUGGACAUCGUCAAGACCAGAGUACAAAAUGCAUCAAAAGGCGUUCAGAUUACCCAAAUGUCAGUACUAAGGGAUGUUAUCAAGAACGAAGGUGUUCUCGCGCUGUGGAGUGGUCUGCUACCAACAUACUGCAAGAUAGGGCCUAUGACCGUACUCAUAUUCAUAUUCCUCGAACAACUCAAUAGACUCUACUUUGAAUACACUGCUUAACCAUACCAAAUUUACAAGUAUGACUCAGAGUAACAGUUUUCGCGGUGAUGAAAAUGAAAUAAAAAUUAUGAAAAUGUAUAAAAGUUAAACAGUUGCUGUCGCUACACAAACUUGCCAUGCAAACGGGAAAAAGAUAAACAAAAUUUGCUUCGAAAAAAAAUCGAAAAACUACUCGGCUUAGUGGUGCUCCGUGAAACGUACGGACCCACUUACUGAGGGAAUAAAUGAUUAAAUUUGAAACUAUUUUACAUACCGAGUUUGUGAAGAUUUUAGUGGUGGAACUAAUAUACCGAUUUUAUAGUAUUUUACCGUUAUAUGUCACGAUUUUGUGAACUUUUAAUUUAUAUACCUGAUAUUGUGUAACAGUCGAAGAUUUACAGUUUAGUACAGGAAAAUAAAACGUACGCUUUGUA